GCAGACAGAGAACGUCCACACCUUCACUGAAGACUAUCAGCAUAUCCAGUCAGAAAAAAGAAGCCAUGGAUUCGGAAACUGUAAAGAAAACUCAAAGCCUCACCACAGCUGAGGAGAUGAGGAACCAAACCAAGCUUGUGAUGCAGCCGUAUUCCAACUGGGAGGAGUAUCUGACUCCUGCUCCUCUCUCCAUAGCCAUCCUGGGAGAGCUGGUCUUCAUCUCCUCCAAUACAGAUUUCUCCAUCAACAAGAACCCACCAAAAGUUGGCUACAAGUUCAUCAGAUACCCAGAGUCAUUUCGUGCCUGCCUCAUGCAGGUGUGUAACUCAGGCUGGUGUGCUUUCAAUGAGGCCCAUAAGAACAUGGAUCAGAUUAGACUCCACACCAUGGCAGUUCCUGAUUACAUGAAGAUGACUAUGAAGAUCCUGUUCCAAGGCAGUGAUGAGGUUGUUGAAGCUCACCUCCCUGAACAGUUGCAGAACAUCCAUGUUGUUGCAGAUAGCUGUCUUGAGCUGGCCAAUUCAACAGAAAAACGGUUCACUGAUGUCAUCAACAUUAUCCAAGAACUGCUGGAAGCAUGUGUAAAUGCUCAGCACUUUUAUGGAGAGGAGCUGGAGGAAAUCAAGAGGAAACUGGAGGAAGCCGAGCUGAGAAAAACAGACACAGAAGAAGCUGCUAAACGCUCAGAGAAGGUACUGAAGGUCAUGGAAAAGCAGCUAAAUGAAGCACAUGAAAGUUACAGCAAAGCAAUGGCUUCACUGCCCGAUGGAUGGGAAAUGAUAGGAAUGGAUUUGGCUGAAGGAUUAACUGAGGGCGUCACAACUUUUAUUAAUGGAAUAGCGACCAUGGGACCUGAAAAGUUAAUACUUUUACUGUCUAAAAAUCCAAAAAUUAUUGAUGGAAUGGCGUCCAUUGUAUCUAAACGUUAGACACAGAAUGUUUCUAAAAAAAGUCUGUCUAAAAGUCCAGAACCUAAAGCUGAUUGCAUUGAUGAAAUUAAUAUUUAUAGUAAAUCUGCAGAAAUCCUGAAAUGCACAGAGAAAAUUCAAGAGUUUGUGAUUGAAAACACAAUUAACUUGGAAGAUUUGUAUGAUCAAAUACACCAAACUACAAAGACAAAAUUUCAGGCAGAUCAGUUCAAACGAAUCGGGGAAAAUUUAAAAGAAUUUCCAAACUGCACAGCAAAAGAGGAAGCUCAAAACAUCUGUACCAAAGGCAUUGAGAUCUGUGAAGAACUAGCAAAGUAUACACCAGAACAGAAAUGGGAAGAAGCCAAAACAAAUGAGUUGAUUAAACUGAUCAGAAACCUGAAUGAAUCAGCUCGCAGUUUU